GAUGUAAAUAAAUCAUAAUAAUAAAGUAUUUUCCGAACACAUCUAAGUGCGACAUCAUCAAAAAGUUGAUCAACAAAGUAGUGAGAAUGAAUUGUCAUUGAAUAAGAACUUGAGUUUAAAUUUCGGAAUAAAUUAUUGGAUUGAUAUGUAAAAUUCAGAAUGUCCCCAGAUUUUCCUGUUGUCUGACUUGAACAUUUGUGGUGUGAUCCAAUUGUUAGGCUCACCUUUUUUUCUAUUAUUCAACUUAAGAACUUAUAUAUGUAUACAACUUUAUUUUCUCAAUAAUUUCAUCACAUUUCAAUAAUCUAAAAUGGCUGAAAAAAUUCCAACAGCACAGAUACAGCCGUCUGUCAAAAUUGGUAACUACAAUUUAGGCCAAACAUUAGGAGUUGGAACAUUUGGGAAAGUGAAAAUUGGGGAACAUAUUAUAACAAAUCACAAAGUAGCAGUGAAAAUAUUAAACCGUCAAAAGAUUAAGAGCUUAGAUGUCGUCGGGAAAAUUCGCAGAGAGAUUGAAAACCUCACUCUCUUUCGACAUCCUCAUAUAAUUAAGUUAUAUCAAGUUAUUAGUACUCCAACUGAUAUUUUUAUGAUAAUGGAGUACGUAUCAGGCGGGGAAUUAUUUGACUAUAUUGUGAAACACGGAAAACUAAAAGAACAUGAAGCAAGACGAUUUUUUCAACAAAUUAUUUCUGGAGUAGAUUAUUGUCAUAGACACAUGAUUGUUCAUCGUGAUUUGAAGCCAGAAAAUUUACUGUUAGAUCAUAAUCUUCAUGUUAAGAUAGCUGACUUUGGUCUUUCCAAUAUCAUGAUGGAUGGAGAAUUUUUACGAACAUCCUGUGGUUCUCCAAAUUACGCGGCACCAGAAGUUAUUUCUGGUAAACUUUAUGCUGGUCCUGAAAUUGAUAUUUGGUCGUGCGGUGUUAUAUUAUACGCAUUACUUUGUGGAACACUGCCCUUCGAUGAUGAACAUGUACCAACAUUAUUUAGAAAAAUAAAAUCGGGUAUAUUUCCUAUUCCGGAAUAUUUGAAUAAAAGUGUGGUUAACCUUCUUUGUCAUAUGUUGCAAGUGGAUCCUAUGAAGCGAUCGACAAUUGAGGAUGUAAAAAAACAUGAAUGGUUUCAAAAAGAUUUACCGGCAUAUUUAUUCCCGCCUCAAGUAGAGCAAGAGUCCUCGGUCAUUGAUAUAGAUGCAGUGAAAGAAGUCUGUGAAAAAUUUAAUGUCAAAGAAGAAGAAGUUUACUCAGCACUUUUGAAUGGAGAUGCUCAUGAUCAAUUAGCAAUUGCUUAUCAUUUGAUAAUUGACAAUCAACGAAUUGCUGAUGAAGCAGCAAAGGCAGAAUACAAAGAUUUUUAUGUAGCAUCUAGUCCUCCACCACCACCACUUCCAAUUGCAGCAAGUUCAAGUGAUUCGAUAAACAGUCCGAUGAAGCCACAUCCUGAAAGAAUUGCUCCAUUCAGAGAGCGUUCUCAGUCAGCAAGUAUCCCAGCAGUGCCUCAAGGGAAUCGAGGAACACCUGUGAAACGAGCAAAAUGGCAUUUAGGAAUAAGAUCACAAUCUAGACCAAGUGAUAUAAUGAACGAAGUAUUUCGUACCAUGAAAAAUCUGAAUUUUGAAUGGAAAAUAAUCAAUGCUUAUAGUGUAAGGGUGCGUCGCAAAAACAAAUUAACAAACAGAUACAGUAAAAUGUCAUUGCAAUUAUAUCAAGUGGAUUAUAGAAGCUAUUUACUAGAUUUUAAAUCAUUACCACACGAUGAAAGUGAAAAUCUCGUGCGAGACCCCACACAACCAGCGUUACAACCAUCUGGUCAUCGCACAAUGGAAUUUUUCGAGAUGUGUGCUGCAUUAAUUACUCAUUUGGCGCGUUAAUAGCUUCUCCAUUAUGUAAAAUUUUUUUGUUUUAUCUUUUAUAAAACUUAACUGCAAAACUUAUCAAAUAUUUUCGAGUUGAUAAUAGCUACAUUUUUAAUUAAAACAUGAUGUGAAUCGUGUAUAUCAAAUAAAUUAUUUUAUUUUUAGCCAGUACAAAAUAUAGUCACAUCAAAACA